GCCCAUCAAAUGGAUACACACAAAACCAAUACCGUCUGUCUCCUCCUCCUUUUCAUCUCCUCCUUCUCCUCAUACACGGUGGUGACAAGCACACAACUCUGCUCAAACUCCGCCUGUCGCCGGAGCGAGCCCUUGAUCCGAUUCCCUUUCCGGCUCCCAAACCGCCAACCGGAGCCCUGCGGCUAUCCCGGUUUCGGACUCUCAUGUGACGCCACAAACCAGACACUCAUUAAGCUGCCAAAUUCAGGGCAGUUCAGAGUCCAAAGUAUAGACUACGGCACACAAGAAAUAUGGAUUAAUGAUCCAAACAACUGCCUCCCGGCACGUCUGCUCUCACUAAACCUCUCCGAUUCUCCGUUCCUCGGUGUGUUCUACCAAGAUUUUACUUUGUUUAAUUGCUCAUUGGAUUAUACGAAGUACAGAUUGAACCCUAUAGCUUGUCUGAGUGGCUCUUCUUACACUGUUUUCGCUACGUCUAAUACGGGAGCUAUUAGGUUCUUGUCAGCCAAGUGCAGUUUGGUUGGAACCAUUACUGUGCCUGUUCAGUGGCCAUUUUAUGAGCAGGUUCUGUCAUCGGACCUCAGUGAUGAUCUUCGGCUCACUUGGGUUGCACCCAAGUGUGGUAGGUGCGAGUCAAGGGGUGGAAGGUGUGGGUUCAAGAGUAAUACAAGUCGUGAAAUUGGAUGCUUUAAUGCUCCUCAACAUGGAAUUCCGAGGAGCGCUCGAUAUGCAAUCACCGUUGGAGCGGGAGUACCGGCAUUGUUGUGUCUUGUUGGGCUUUUUUGUUACGUUUUUGGCAGGGUCAAAUCCUAUAAUAGGAGGAACCACUCCACAGGAGAGUUCACAUCCACAGUUGCUCCACAGCCCACCAUCAUUUUGGGCCUUGAUGGGCUCACUAUAGAAUCCUACCCAAAAACAGUUCUGGGUGAGAGCCGAAGGCUGCCCAAGCCCGAUGAGACCAUGUGUCCAAUCUGCUUGUCCGAGUACCGGCCCAAGGAGACGCUGAGGAGCUUGCCUGAUUGUCAACAUUGCUUCCAUGCCAAUUGCAUUGAUGAAUGGCUCCAUUUGAAUGCUACCUGUCCCGUCUGCCGGAAUUCUCCCCAGCGGUCACCACGUCCUCGGGACUCUUAACCUUUUUUUUUUGUUUUAUUUUUAUUUUUUAUUUUUUAUUUCCCAGGUAAACGCUUAGACUUCAAGAAAAUGUGACAAAAGGAGAACAAUAUCAUGUAAAAUAGUUAAUUUCCGUGGUUGUAAAUUUUGGUUAUUGGUGUCUUGUGUUGUACCUUUGUUUGAGGGGGAAAAAAUGAACCCUGGUCAAUGGCUAUUUUUGUUCAAUUA